AGAGAGUUCAGGUGACGAAACCACCGACAUGUUUACACCAACGGCUUCUGCCGGACCUACAUCUUCAUCUUUGUACAGUACCGAGGAACCAACAACAGUAUCACCUGGACCAAGUGCAAGUAUUGAAACAGAUAAGACAAAAGUACCAUUAGUGACAGAUGAGUCAUCAGUUUCUCCAAUAACAAGCUCAGAGACCGUGUCUCCUAGUUUGUCACCUGUCCUUUCCUCAACUGUUGGAGACAAAGACAUCAGUAGUCAGUCUUCAACAGCAGAAUCGAUUUCUUCCAUCAGCACAUCAACUAUGGAACCCACAACCACAACACUUUUCAUGUUUGUUGAGACAGAGGGCUCUGGAGACCAAAAGGAGGACUUUACUAUUGAUUCAUUGACUGUAUCAACCACUGUCUCUUCAGUCACUGGAAAAGAGACUACAGCCAUGUCCAUGUCAGAGGAAACUGAAACAGGGGUCACUUCAAAGACAGUUGGGACCACGGCCUCGUCACUCUUCAGUACUGAGAAACCAACAUCAGUGUCAGCUGGACCACAAGAGACUGUUACCCCGAGUAAGUCGGAAGAUGUUUCAGUAACUUCUCAGGAAAGUUCCACUUUCUGGACACCAGAUGAAGACAGCUCAGGUGAACCUACAACUCAUGUCUCCAGUAAACACACAACAGUUCCUACAGGUUCCUCAUUAUUAAGUACAGAGACACCAACUCCUCACUCAGAACAGGCCAAAGACAGUGCUCACACAGAUCAGACAGAGACAUCCUCUGUUACUGCUGUUACGGAUGAGACUGACAAAUCUCCAGUCAUGACUACAUUAGAUGCAGAGAGUUCAAGUUACCAAACCACAGACAUGUUUACACUAACGUCUUCUGCCAGAUCUACAUCUUCAUCGCAGUAUGGUUCUGAGGUCCCAGGAACAGUAUCACCUAGAACAACUCUAAUUGUUGUAACGGAUAAGACCAAAAUGCCAUCAGUCACAAUUGAGCCCUCUCCAUUCAGCACAGAAACACCUGUAGUUACCACAACAUCUACAUAUAAGACUAAAUCUGAUCAAAGCACAUCAACAACUUUUGUGACCAUCGGUACAGAAGGUUCAGUUUCACUCUCAUCUAUUGUGGCUUCAUCUACCAUCUCAACAACAGAUUCUUCCAGUGUCACAUCAUCUUUUCAACAGAGUGGGGAUUUUGAUCGCAACUUGACAACAAAUUCUGCAUAUGUUGAACCUUUUCCAUCCACACCAAUAGCCAUUGGUGACCAUAACACAAUUACAGUCUCCUCUUCUACAGAAACCAAAAGUUCAGGAGAUGAAUUUACAAACAUUAUACCUGAUGUAAUAGUUCAAGCAACAGGAACACAGUCACCUAUGGAGUUGCUCACUGAUCGCUCCAAUGAGUCAGGAACCAUCACUACCACACCUCUGCAGGCAACAGCAAAAAGUACAAUUACAGAACUACCUGAAAAGUUAUUAAGCACGGAAAAAACAUCAGCCAUCCCACUCAUUGAUGAAUUUGAAACUACUUCUGCAAUCACUUUGACAGGAAAUGACAAAUCAACUGGAAAAACAACAGAAAUUUUAACAGAGGAAUCAUCUACCAUGUCUUUGUUGCCAACAACAGAUCAAACCCUGGAAACUAGCAGCAACUUGGCAGCAGUGAUUGGAACUCCACAGGAAAUAUCUUCAGUAUCUCCAAGUUCCACAGGGCCAUCCAUUCCUAUAAUUGAUGAGACUGAGUAUAUUGAUCAAAGCCCUGAUUUUACCAUCAAAGAUGCAGAAAAGACAUCAGCUACUAUCUCUUCAAUGUUUAUUACCGAAAAACCAGUAGUAACAACAGUAUCAUUUACUGGAACCAAUGACAGCUCAGAUUCUACUGUCAUUACACCCAACAUAGAAAAAAGUGUUGUAACUCUUAAAACAGACACAAUAGUCAUGGCUACUGAAAGAAGACAAAGUACGGAAGUGGGCUCUCCUUCCUCUGAUAUCACAACACCCUCUGCAUUCAGCACAGAGAAACCUACGACCACAACCCUUGCAAGUGCAUUAGUUUCAAAAUCAGCAGAAACACUCGACAUGUUUACUCAGACCUCUUCUAUGACAUCUUCUGUUGUCAGUGCUGAGUCCUCAGUAGAACCAGACGACGGAGUGGACUACAGCAUGCAGUUUAUUGAAUCCCAGCCUGUAUUCAUAAAGACCCCUCUCAAGUCAACUAGUGCUGCCACGCCACAGCCCAGUGUUGAAUCAUCAACCCAGUCCUCAUCUGCCUACAUUAGAGGGGAUUCUACCACAAUUCAGGAAGUGGCAUCAUCAGUGUCUGUGUCAGAAAGUGGUGAUUUUUCCGAUGUAGAGAACUCUGGUGAUCAAUCAAUUUUUGCAACAACUACAUUUAGACCAUCAGUCACAUAUACAUUUGUUGAGAAAAAAAGUUUGAGUGAAUUUACAACUGCCACACAAAGUCCCCUUACACUUGUGACCUCCCAACCCAUUGCAAUUCCCAGUGUCGCUGCAUUUACCACAAAGGAAAGCUCUGCUUACACUGACACAGAGAGCUCUAGUGGCUUACCUGAAGAUGAUGAUUCUGCAUUUACAGAUGAAACUGAAACAGAUGAAACUGAGAGCACAUCUGACACAUUCAGUGCUGCAUCUUCGACUCACCGCAGUACACAACAUACAAAAGAAUUCACGUCAUCCACACAAUCUCCGCACAUGGUUAGCACUGAGAUCUACAUUACUGGGCAGGGAAGUGGAUCCUCCACAGAUGAUCCUACUUUUGAGGAUGAUAGUUCAGGUGCUGACAUGAAUGGAUCAACUACAUUUAUAUCAGUCACAAGUCUUCCUGUUAUGUUCACUACCACAACUGCUACAAGACCAAUGCAGUCCACUGACAGUGUUAUGGAACAAUACCCUGCUGUCUCUACGGAUUCUCUCUACAGCACUGAGAAGCCAAUGGCAGUGUCAAUAUUUCAGGAUACUUCAGUUGAUAUGUUCUCACAAAUGGAUUCAGUGUCAACUUCAGAAUCUCCUGGUGUCACUUUGGACUAUGAUAUCAGCAAAAAACCCACAUUUUUGGAAUCCGAGUUAUCCUCCACAAGUGCACCCGAAAGGUCAUAUGAGGCAGAUGUGAGUAGUACCACUGCUACCUCAGCAGGUACAAGCUCGGUGUAUACAGGAGAAGAUAGUUCAAGUGACCAUACCACUGAAGUGCUUGCAAAUGUGGAUGAUAUUACAUUACUAAACACAAAAGGACCAACAAUAACAACAGAAACUCAUGAAAGUGCAUUUGUUGAAAGCUCAAAGAUUAUAGCUUCUUCACUCUACAGCACUGAAAAGUCACAUGUAACAACAGCUUAUAACCAUUCAGUAAAUACACCUCUACUGACAACUGAUAAUACAACAUUAGACCUAGGUGACACUGCAACAGAGAGAACGACUUUUGGUGACCAAACUAGUGAAAUGUUGAGCUCAGUGCCAACAGUGAUGGAGAGUGUCACCUUUUCAGAAGCAGCAGGUGAAACGGAUACUCUUGUUUCAGUGGCAUCAACCUAUGAUGGCCAAGUUUUCUUAGAGAGUGAGACUACUCAAGCUACAGAAAGUCCCGUUGCUUCUGAAACAACAGAACAAAUUUUUUCAAGUGGUGGAAAAGUUGAUGAUGUGUUGCUUUUCUCUUACACAACUAUGUCCUCCCACACAACUGAAGUUUCAGUCAGUGAUCAGACUUUUGCUGAUUUAUCUGCAGUGAGCUCAGUCAAUGAGUCUAAGCAAGAUGAAUUCAUGCCGAUGUCUACCCCAAUCCCUAGCAUUGUUUACCAUAGUAUUACUGACCAGCAGGUUGAAAUCAUUACUCCCAGUAGCAGCCAAGUCAAGACUGACCUAACAGAACAGACACCUACCAUGGUCCUGCAUGUCUCUAAACCAUCAGCAGGCACUUCCAUCAUAUUCACCGAGAAUACAACAGAUGAAGAUAAUCUGUUCUCAUCAGUAACAGACAGUAUGAGGGAAGGCAGCCCCACUCCAGAGCUUAUUAGCAAAGAUAAUACAAUGAUUGACGCAGAUAAUAUCUCUAUAGUUCCCUCUUCUUCAUUUUAUUCAAAAAUCCAGACAGAGGAAGCUGGAGGCAUCACUGCAAUUGCAAUGAUACAAACGGUGGGGGUAACAGAAGAACCCGAGGGUUCAGGGACUGUUAGUGGGAUCCUCUAUACUCCUACACCAGUAACUGUACGUGCAACCUCAGCCAGAGAUUCUUCAUUAACCACAAUAUCUUCUGACUCUUCGCUGCCCACUUCAAAAUCAUCUGCGGAAAUGUCCAGUGAAGAGAAAUCAUCACUUCAGGCCAUCCCAGCUACUAACGCUGAAAAAAUAACUGAUUUAACUACUGCCUCUUCCUCCUCCUCUUUGGCUAUUCAGACCUUACCUGAAACUCCAGACACCAGUGUUGUCACUCAUGUGUCCUUGGUUGCGACAACUUCAGCAUCCUCUGUGGAUAAAUCGACAGCAUCAGCAUUGACAGGCUCGUCGCAGUUUAGUACUGAGAAGCCAACUGACACAUCCUCGCUUGAUGAGCACAUAUUGUCCAUUACAACAAUACCAUCUUAUUCCCACAAUGAUAAAUUCUCAGUUUCAAGCAUCACAGAUGUUGCUGGUGUGCAAGGCUCUGGGGCUUCAGAUACCACAGUUGCACCAUCUACAAAAGUGACAUCUGACGGAUCAAAAGAAUCUUUGUUUUCAUUAUCUACCACUGCACCACAUGAAGAGCUUGCCUCUGUAUCGACAAAAGAGCCCACUUCCUCUCUACAAAGUACAUUAAAGCCCAAUGUCAUGGUUCAGUUUGACACCACUUUUGUCCCAAAACCAGAAACAACACAACCUGAGGUGUCUUUCCAACAGCUCAGAUCUGAGAUCACUUUCACUCAUCUACCCAUAAUUGACUCCUCUGAGAAAACAGUUUUAGCCACCACCAGUCCAAUGCUGCCUCGUAAGGAGACAAGUGAGGGCACUGACACUAGUGCUAUGAGUCCUAUUAUGGACAUUACAAACACAGCAAUGGAUAUUCAAACAGCUGAAGCAACAAAGCAAGUAUAUUUAACUGAAGAAGUUUCAACUGAUGCUGAAGGAGUUUCAGUCCAAUUUCAAACCACUGUUUUUCCUGCACAGCUAAUGACUGAUUCCUUCGAGUCAGUUAAGCAAGAUAUAACGCUAACACAAACACACACUGAUUUUUCAUCUCAGGAUGUAUCAACUACAACAACUCAACCCAUUUUUGUAAAUCUUGAAACAAGCCAGACUGCAGAAACAACACCUUUUCCUACAUUGUCACUGGAUAGAUCUGCUGAACAUGGGACAGUUGAACCAAACUUUGACACAAUUAACAGCACCGAUAGUAGCUCCAAAGAAAAGUCAACAAAGCCACCUGUAGAAGGAGUAGCUGUCACAGUCCUGGCAUCACCUCCCUUCAGUGCAGCAUCAGUCUCUAGUUCUGAGAGCAGUUCAGAAAGCAGCUCAGAAGAUAUCAUGGCAACAGCAAGCACUGUUAAUCUGGAUGACGAUAAGGUUGAACGCAUCACCUCUAAACUUCCAUCUACCAUGCCUUCCAUCCUUAGCACUGAAGCUGCAAGUGGGUCUGUCACUUCUGAGAAUUCAUUGUUCAACUCUGAUAGGGAAUUUAUAGAGUUGAUGACUACAAAGGUACCAAAGAUUGACAGUAUGAAACAACAACCUCUGUCCCCAGAUGAAAUCCAGAUGAUAUUCAAGGAAGAUACAACUAAAGCUUCAACUGUUGCAUCGAUUCAUUUUAGUGACACCUCUGAGAAAGAGGCAGCUAUAACUGAUGUCUAUUCUCAGACCAAAAUAGCCACAAACAUCCAUUCAGAGUCCUCAGCAGUGUCACCAACCCAGGCACCAAGCCAGCCUGUUGCACCUGCAACCACCCCAUCUAUUUAUGAAUAUGACGACUUCACUGCUCCUCAAUCAUUUGUUGGAGGACCCCCAAUAAAACCAGAAGAAACAUCUACUAAGCCCAAUACAAGACUUGAUUUGGGGCACACCGUUGUUGGCGAGACUGUAGAAAUACCCGGAAUUAACUCAUGCACAGAGAACAUUUGUCAGAAUGGAGGCUCUUGCUACAAGACUGGCAGUGUCCAUACAUGCAGCUGUACCCCAGGUUACAGUGGUGAUCAAUGCGAAAUAGAUAUUGAUGAGUGUCAGUCAAAUCCAUGCCGCAAUGGAGGUACAUGUGUUGAUGGGCUGGCUUCAUUUACAUGUGUGUGCCUUCCAAGCUACUCCGGCCUGUAUUGUGAGGAAGACACAGAAACAUGUGACUAUGGCUGGCAUAAGUUUCAGGGGCACUGCUAUAGGUACUUCCCCCAGAGGAGAAACUGGGACACAGCGGAGAGAGAGUGUCGCAUGCAGAGGGCUCACCUCGCCAGCAUCCUGUCCCAUGAGGAGCAACAGUUUGUUAACCGUCUUGGACAGGACUACCAGUGGAUCGGCCUGAAUGAUAAGAUGUUUGACAACGACUUCCGUUGGACUGAUGGCAGUCCUAUGCAAUAUGAAAACUGGAGGCCCAACCAGCCUGACAGCUUCUUCUCGUCUGGCGAAGACUGUGUGGUGAUGAUAUGGCACGAGGAUGGCCAGUGGAACGACGUUCCUUGCAAUUACCACCUCACCUUCACCUGCAAGAAGGGGACAGUGUCCUGCAGUCAGCCCCCUUUGGUAGAGAAUGCACGAACCUUUGGGAAGCAUCGCGAGAGGUACGAGAUUAACUCACUGGUGAGAUACCAGUGCCGGACAGGCUUUAUUCAGAGGCAUGUCCCAACUAUCCGAUGUCGUGGCGAUGGACGUUGGGAUGUCCCUAAAAUCACCUGCAUGAACCCUUCAAACUAUCAGAGGACUUUUAUCAGAAGACAUCAACACAAUAGUCUCUACAGCAUCAACAACUUCAAAAAAUGGCAAGAUGAGUCCUUCCGCUUUCACCAGCAGCGCUACCGGGGACGGAGAGACAGAACCGACCACAAGCGAAAGAGGCAGUGAUUGCCGAGUAACGUGGCACAGCUCCCCAGAGACGAGAGCGCAAGCCAGACGCUUGUGUGAAAAGAGGAAAAAGGGGAAAAGCACAAGAGAAAACUUAUCAAAGAAACCAAGAGGAUGACCUGCAGUUUUCUUGCAUUUCGGAUGACGAUGGAAUCUCAUGAAGUGCCUUUUAAAGAGAUGCUGACACAUGACUUCACUUAUCAGUGGGCACUGUUUUCUAACGUUGCCAAUGUGGAUUAAAAAAGAAAACAACUUUCAGCUGGCUACUGGAAAAAAGCAAAAAAAAGUACUCUCAUCAAACCUUUUUUUUUUUUUUUAACCAUGGAAGUUUCCUCUGUCUUUAGCUUAUCAAAAAAAGAUCCUUUCAUUACUGUUUUCUAAUACCUUUGUACACCAACUGUGCAUUUUAAAAUGAAGUGCGCCUUACUUGUACAAAGAAAGCUGUUGUGAAAUGAUAGCGCUUAUGUAAAGGAUUCGAUUAUGUUGUUCUGUACUAAGAUGGACUUCUUAUCAAUGAUGAAUGACGAAGUCUGCAGGUUUUUUUUUUUUAUUAUUAUUUGUUUGUUUGUUUAUUCCACGUCAAGAAAUCCAAGCAUGGGUUCUCAGAAUAAUAAAUGGAGGUAAUCAAAAACCUCCUACUACAGUUAUCUAAAUAUUGUGUUACCACAAACCUUUCUUUCCUUCUUUCUUUCCCCAGUCUCUAAUCAGCCGGAGCGCAAAUCAGAUUCUAUUCACCCAAGUCCGGUGAAGUUUCUGCAAAUCGCUCUGGCCCCAUCUGGAGACCUUGUUUGUGGUGGCAGCUUUCAAAGUAUCAAACUACCAUACUCUCACACCGCAUGAGUUCAUCGGAUGUUUCCAGUGUCAAGUUAAAUGUUUAAAGAGAGAUUUCUACUACAGAGAGUACCUUUAAAAUGUUACACACAUUUCUUUUGUAUGAUGCAAUUUUAUAUGAGAGAUUGCUCUCCUAAGUAUCGGCAAAGCCUUUAUCCGCAGAUGGAAAUUGAUUUCCAUCAGUAUUUUUAAAAUGAAAGAAGGGAAGUGUGGCUUGUGUGGCCUGUAUUUUCUGCCACCAUUAGUCGCUGCAGCGUGUUUACAGUAACUGCAGAGCUGUUGAUAGUCACGCGCCGAAACGUCUCACUCGUCGCUGUUUUGCUUUUCUAACUAAGGCUUUCCUUCACUGAUCUUUUUUGUUUUUGUGGUCAAUUAAAACCAGCCAUUAGAAUGUAUUUUGUGAAACACUCAAAAAGACUUGAACGUAACAGCUGUUUAGGCGGAGAUGCGUAUAAUUUAUUUUCAAGCUGCUCUUGAUCUCCUUAUAUAGACUGACAGGUGAAAUAUGAUGCAGUCACUCAGCCUGGCAGUGCUCUUCAUGUAUUUUUAUUGUAUGUUCGAGAGGAGAGCAGCCACAUUCAGACUGUUUAAAUGGGAUGCGUUGAAGGUGAAAGGUUACUUAUCAGUAUGAGCGAUUUACAUGUCUUUUUUAUUUUUUUUUAUGUUUUAUUUUUUUUUUAUGCCAGCAGUGGACCAAAGAUCAUGGUGGGCCACAUCAGCAAUAACCUGCAAUACGUUUGUUCUGUAACAUUAACAAAAUGUUUGUACAUGUGGAUGGUUAAAUGUGUUUCUCUGAACUUUUUUUUGAAAUGGAGAAAUGUUCCGUUGUGUCUGCCUGUGAAUGUCUGUGUAUGUUUAACCUUAAUGUGCACAUAAUAACAGUUAUAUUUAUAACUUUUUAUUAUUAUUAUUGUUGUUAUUUUACAAUGUGAAUGUCUUGUAUGUUUGUGAAUUUUUUUGUUUCUGCUUCACCAAAGAAAUAAAUAUAAGGAUACUAUACACCUAUAA